CACCACCAUUAGCUCCUUCCCUUUGAAACUUGAUCCCAACAUCUCACUUUGUCUCCACUACCGCUGUUUCAAUAUCGAUGGCUCGAUGUCGUGAAUACUGAAUAGGCAUUGGGGAAUAUUAUAGAUCAGAGUCUUGGACAAUUGAGAGGUUUAGGUUGGAGUUGGCGCAAGCGGAGGCGUAUGCAGGGGGGAUUCGACCAGCUUGGCAGCAAUCUAUACUGACAAGAUACACUUGAGUACAUUAGUAUAUGCGGUUUUUUGUCUUGAUUUACCAACUUGAUGUCGUAGAGCUGGUGAAGACAAGACAAUGAGCCGACAAUCGCUCCCCCAUUGCGUCCGAUAACCGACACCAUCUACUAUGAGAAUACUAGGGUAAUGGAGCGACAGGCUACAUCAAUCUCAAUCACAGUUGUAACGGCAAAGGCAGCGCCAAGAAGGACAAAAGGGUCUUGGGCGAUCCCAAAACUUGUUUGUGCCAAGUGGGAAUAUGCCAUAGAUCGGAAGACUCAAAAUCCGCAUGGUACACUGAGGAACUUUGGAAGCGAUGAAGACGACAUCGAAGGAUAUGGGGAAAGUGGUGAUUUACCAGACUCGCGCGGAUGAAAAACUGCAGAAAAACCGCAGGGCAGCGUAAUUUCGAUAGCGAGGGAUCCAGGACUUGGCAGCAAGAUUGAGGCGACGAAGUGGGCUGGCUGCAAUACCCGGGUGAAGGGCAGGAGUAUGGGUAGUAGUCUAUGGGUAUCAACUUCGUAUCAACUAGUAUCGGAUGUGUAUUGAUUAGUAUCAAAUGUAAUCAUAUUCCGUUGA